AUGCCUGAAAUCUGCAUCGCCGCUUUUGAAUUGGGCUUGCGACCUGGGAGUUUGAAUAGCAAUUUAAGCCGGAAGCCGGUGGAGACGAUGGCGCAACUACGCGACAGGGUGCAAGGUUACAUUAGGGAGGAGCAGAGUGACCAGAUCAAAAAGAGCCGCUCCAAUACGGCGGUUCCAGGGCAGCAACAGCAGUUCGAUUCGAAGAAGGGAGCGGUUAAUGACCAACGUUCGAAGGGCACAGCAGAACGUGGAGACAGGGGGUACAAUCAUCGGAACCGUUAUGAUAAUAGAUUUGAUAACCGUUCCAACUUCAAGCAUCGUGCACAACCGUAUGGAACUUGUGGGUAUGGACAUUCAAUGACGUGGACUCGGAACCAAAAUGAUCGUGCAACGCCUUUGGCGGUUAAUCUCACCGAAGCUUUACACAAGUGCUUAGAGGCGAAUGUAAUUCGUUUUCCUCGACAACCAAAACCGCCAACAGGCCACGUGGACAAAACUAAAUGGUGUGAAUACCACAGGAUUUCGGGACAUAAUACUGAUGAUUGCUUUACGUUACGACGGGAGAUAGAGGCUUUGAUUAAAGCAGGAUGUAUGCAACAUUUGGCAGGGCGAAACAAUUCUGGAGAGGCAGAAACUUCAGUUAGGCGAGAUGAUGAAGGCAAAGAAAUUGAGAAUGAAGGACAAAAGAAGCAACAAGAUGGAAAAGCAAAGGGACGAAUCCACUCUAUUUUUGGUGGGUUUCGUGGUGGCGAAACAACUAAUUCAGCUGGGAAGCGAUACAUGCAUUCCAUAAAUGCAGUAUAUUCUAAUGAUUGGGGAAGCUGGGCUAUUAAUCAACCUGAUAUUACUUUCACUGUACGCGAUUUUGAAGGAGUUCAACCUCAUGAGGAUGACCCAAUUGUGGUGAUGUUAAGAAUUGCUGAUUAUGAGAUUGAAAGAGUAUUAUUGGACCAAGGAAGUUCAGCUGAGUUGAUAUAUGGUGAUGCGUUUGAGAAGUUGGGGCUGACAGAGUCGGAUUUGUUACCUUAUGAUGGAGCUUUGGUGGGAUUUUCAGGAGAAAAAGUCUAUGUUAGGGGAUAUGUGGAGCUGAACACAGUUUUUGGCGAAGGGAAAAAUGCGGAGUCAUUUUCUAUCAAGUUUUUGGUAGUAAAUUGUACUUCACCAUACAAUGUACUUAUCGGAAGACCAUCGUUGAACAGGUUGGGGGCGAUCAUCUCAACAAGGCAUUUGACAGCUAAAUAUCUCUUAAGCAAGGGUGGAGUUGGAAUUUUAAAGGCGGAUCAGAUGGUAGCUCGCAAGUGCUAUUUAGAAAGUUUUAAGCAGUAUGGUCAUUUGGGAAAGAAAGCGGUAAAGGAGGGACACAGAGUUUACGAAGUGGGAGUGGAACAAGCUGAGGUUAGUUUGGAUCCUCGUGAUGGUUUUCUUGAUCAUAAGAUGAUAUCAGAGGAGGAAACUAAGGCGAUCAAGAUUGGAGAAAGAAGCUUGAAGGUUGGUGUCAACCUUACAGCGAGUCAAGAGGAUAGAUUAGUGAAGUUGUUGUCGCAGAACAUGGAUUUAUUUGCUUGGAGCGCCAAGGAUUUGCCUGGGAUUGACCUAGAGUUUAUUUGUCACAAAUUGGCACUUAACCCUAGGGCGAAACCAAUUGUUCAGUUCAAGAGAAAGAUGGGUGAAGAGAAAGCAGAGGCUGUUAAAGUGGAAACUAAUAAGUUACUAGAAGCAGGAUUCAUCAUAGAGGUCAAGUAUCCAACUUGGUUGGCGAAUGUAGUUAUGGUGAAGAAAGCUAAUGGGAAGUGGAGGAUGUGUACUGAUUAUACAGAUUUAAACAAGCAUUGUCCAAAAGAUUCUUAUCCUUUACCAAACAUUGAUAAACUUGUUGAUAGAGCAUCUGGCUUUGGCAUGCUUAGUUUAAUGGAUGCAUAUUCAGGCUACCAUCAGAUUAGGAUGUACCAACCUGAUGAAGAAAAGACAGCCUUCAUGACCAACCAGGCGAACUAUUGUUAUCAAACAAUGUCAUUUGGGUUGAAGAAUGCUGGUGUCACAUAUCAGAGAUUGAUGGACAAAGUGUUUGACAAGCAGGUGGGGCGAAAUAUGGAGAUAUACGUUGAUGACAUGGUGGUCAAGUCAGAGGAAAUGUUGGGGCAUUGUUCAGACUUGAAGGAAGCUUUUGGUGAAUUAAGGAAGCAUGAUAUGAGACUCAAUCCUGAGAAAUGUUCGUUCGGAAUUCAGAGUGGGAAGUUCUUAGGCUUCAUGAUCACAAGGAGGGGAAUUGAGGCGAAUCCAGACAAAUGUAAGGCGAUACUGGAAAUGCAGAGCCCAACUUCAGUGAAAGAUGUGCAGAAGCUAACGGGGAGGAUUGCAGCUUUGUCAAGGUUUUUGCCGUGUUCUGGGAACAAAUAUGCACCAUUCUUUCAAUGCUUGCGAAAUAAUAAAGCUUUUCAAUGGACUAAAGAAUGUGAGAGUGCUUUCCAGAGUUUAAAAGAACAUUUAUCCAGCCCUCCAGUCUUGUCUAAGCCAAUACCAGGUAUUUCAUUGUCAAUGCUUAUUUCAAUAUCUGAUAAUGCUGUUAGUUCUGUUCUGUUGCAAGAGGUUAAAGGAGAUGUGAAGAUUAUAUAUUUUGUGAGCCAUGCUCUUCAAGGGGCUGAGGUUCGAUAUCAGAAAAUUGAAAAGGCGGCAUUAGCCUUAAUCAUAUAUGCCAGGAAGUUAAGACCUUAUUUUCAAGGCUUUCCUGUGAAAGGGGCGAUUAAAGCACAAGUGCUGGUAGAUUUUGUGAAUGAGAUGUAUCAUGAGGAUUAUAAUGAAGCGGGUGAAUGGAGCUUGUCAGUAGAUGGAUCAUCAAAUGUUAAAGGCAGUGGUGCUGGUUUGAAGUUGGCGAUAGAAAUGGGAGUCAAGAGUCUUCUGAUCAAGACAGAUUCGCAGAUAGUUGCAAGACAGAUUCAAGGUGAGUAUCAGGCGAAGGAUGCACAGUUGGCAAAGUACCUAGUUAAAGCACAGGGCUUGAUAAAGCAAAUUGGAGAAGUGCAAUUAAAUCAUGUGCCAAGAGAGAAGAACACAAGGGCUGAUAUUUUAUCAAAAUUGGCAAGUACUAAGAAGCCAGGUAAUAACAAGUCAGUUAUACAAGAAGUUUUGAAUAGCCCAAGUAUUGAGGCUGAUGAAGUUAUGGCAGUACCGGUAGUCGCAUGUUUGGAUUGGAUGGGGCGAGUAAAGAAAUGCUUGGAAGCAGAAGGGGCGGAGCUAGCCAUGUUCACAAAGGAUCAGAUUCGAGAGGCAAGUCAUUACACUCUCCUUGGCGAUCAAUUGUACAGAAGAGGAGUUGGAGUGCCGCUUUUAAGAUGUGUUUCAAAGGAGGAUGCAGAGCGAAUCAUGUUUGAGGUUCAUGAGGGGGUUUGUGCAAGUCAUAUUGGAGGCAGAUCGUUGGCAGCUAAAGUUCUAAGGGCAGGAUUCUACUGGCCGACAUUGAGAUCAGACUGUAUGGAUUAUGUGAAAAAAAUGUAA